CUCUUAUGCCGUCAGCCACUAACCAAGUACAAGGAAUGAGUGAGGAGUGAGAAGAUAUGAUAAAUAAAAAAAGGUCCUCCAAGUAGGCAGGCAGGUUACCACCACCAACAGUCCAAAACCUCCACAAGAAAGCAUAACUUCAUCCAGAUGCUCUCUACAACUCCUCCCACCCAACAACCUUCAUGUUUCUUGCAUUUAUUUAGUAAUAAAAUUAGAACAAGUACAAAGUGAUUGUGAUUUCUCAGCUCACUCGCUACCUCACUCUCAAUCCCAAUCCCAAAAAUUCAACAAUGGCCUCUUCCUCCUCCACUCUUGUGCUCUCAACCCUUUUCUCUUCCCAUCCUCACCAAACCCUAAACCCCAACAAGAACAAGAGCCCCUUCUCAUCACAUACAAAGAGACCCUUCUCAUCCCUCACCCUCAAAGUUUCAUCCUUUGUCAAACCUAAACAACCCCCUCCGUUUCACAUCCCCCAUAAUCAUCAAAUUCGAUUGUCCCGCCAAUUUCGUACCUACAUCACCGUCAGAGAUGGUGCUGAUGGUGGUGGUGGUGAUGGCGAUGGAAAUGAGCAACCAGUGGUGGGCGAGGACUCAGCUGAGUUCAUUUUGUCAAAGCAGAAGAUAUCUUCGUGGGUUUACUUCACUGCAAUUCUGGGUUCGGUUCUUUUUAUACUCAAUGUGGCUUGGAUCGAUAAUUCCACCGGGUUUGGGAAGCCCUUCGUCGAUGCAGUCUCGGAGCUUUCUGAUAGCAAAGAGGUUGUGAUGUUGAUCCUAAUUCUAAUAUUUGCCAUUUUCCAUAGUGGCUUGGCUAGUCUACGAGACACUGGUGAGAAACUUAUUGGAGAACGUGCUUACCGUGUUUUGUUUGCGGGGACAUCUUUACCGCUGGCUGUUAGUACUGUUGUGUAUUUUAUCAAUCAUAGAUACGAUGGAGUACAGUUAUGGGAGCUCAAGAAUGCAUUUGGCAUCCAUGAAUUUGUAUGGCUCUCUAAUUUUAUCUCGUUCUUGUUCCUCUAUCCGUCCACUUUCAAUCUACUAGAGGUAGCAGCUGUUGACAAGCCCAAAAUGCAUCUUUGGGAAACUGGGAUUAUGAGAAUCACCAGGCAUCCACAGCUGGUUGGGCAGGUGAUAUGGUGCCUGGCUCACACGAUUUGGAUAGGGAACUCAGUGGCAGUGGCAGCUUCUGUUGGUCUAAUCGGGCACCACCUAUUUGGUGCUUGGAAUGGUGACAGGAGAUUGGCGGUGCGACAUGGCGAGGCCUUUGAAGUUGUGAAGAGGCGAACAAGUAUCAUACCAUUCGCAGCCAUUCUUGAUGGCCGGCAAAAGUUGCCGAACGAUUACUACAAGGAAUUUAUUCGGUUGCCAUAUCUCUCUAUCACUGUAUUGACCUUAGGUGCAUACUUUGCUCACCCCCUUAUGCAGGCAGCCAGUUUUCGGCUCCAUUGGUAGGAAUACAAUACAUUUCGUACUGGAUAAUGAACGUGAAAAGCUCGAAACUGUAUAUAAAUUGUGUAUGAGAGAAAAGUUAGGUUCCUCAAUAUGCUAGAAGUUCAUCAUAGGCAUAAGCAUGUUGUAUGGAACUCCCAAGAAAUGUAAGUAUAGAACCUGCACACGCAGCAAUAUCAAUUAUCAAGUUUACCAAUCUCCCAA